AUCAAAACCCUAGGCUGCCGGCCGAGCCUCUUCUCCGCGGUUCCUGCCUCGUUUGCGAAUCUGGGAAACAAUGGGGGCUUACAAGUACGUGUCGGAGUUAUGGCGGAAGAAGCAGUCAGAUGUGAUGAAAUUCUUGCAGAGGGUGAGAUGCUGGGAGUAUCGUCAGCAGCCGUCGAUCGUGCGUGUGACAAGGCCCACCCGACCUGAUAAGGCUCGUCGCUUAGGGUACAAGGCCAAGCAGGGCUAUGUGGUUUACCGUGUUCGUGUGAGGAGAGGAGGUCGCAAGAGGCCUGUUCCCAAGGGUAUUGUCUAUGGCAAACCUACCAAUCAAGGUGUUACCCAACUCAAAUUCCAGCGCAGCAAGAGGUCUGUUGCUGAGGAGCGAGCUGGCCGCAAGUUGGGCGGCCUAAGGGUCCUCAAUUCUUACUGGGUCAAUGAGGAUUCAACCUACAAGUACUACGAGAUCAUCCUUGUGGAUGUUGCCCACAACGCCAUUCGCAAUGACCCAAGAAUCAAUUGGCUCUGUAACCCCGUCCACAAGCACAGGGAGCUUCGGGGCCUUACUUCUGCCGGCAAGAAAUACAGGGGCUUACGUGGCAGGGGACAUCUUUAUCACAAAGCUCGUCCGUCUCGCAGGGCCACCUGGAAGAGGAACAAUACCCUCUCCCUUCGUCGCUACCGCUGAGUUUGAUCUUGCCUACUGUUUUCUUUUCAUUGCAAUUUUGGAUUUUAGGUGCAUGAGAUAAACUUGGGAGUGUCGUUUCAGUGUUUUUGAUUUUCGUGUUUUGUAUACUUGAGACUCAAUGCAUAUCUUAAUAUUUAAGUCCUCUUUAUGAAUUAUAAACGAACUGCUUCGAUUUUCGAUUUGUUUUAAGAAAACAACGUCGAUUAUUGCGUUUGGCCAUAAACUCCUCCGCGGGAUCUAUCGUGGUCGGAAUACAUGUUGAAUAGAUUAUUGCGUUUUUCCA